AUGUUCCCGUUCGGUCAUUCCAUGAAUACUACUAGUAACUUAGAUAAGAGUGGUGAUAAUUUAGAUAAGAGAAAUAGUGAUUCAGAUUGUACCACACCAGGUACACGUAGUAUUAAGCCAUCUAAACGCAAUAGUACGUCCACAAGUGCUAAGUCGAGUAAUUUAGGCACACUUGACACUAAUUUUAGUACAACCACAACUAAUGCUAAUUUAAAGAACUGGGUUAGUAUAGUACGUAAUAAUGUGUUGGUAGAUAGUGUUAGUAAUGUUAUGAUAGGAGUAGUAGAGAGUACUACUGGUGAUAAUAAGUUAGUAGAUAGUGUUAGCAAUGUUAUGAUAGGAGUAGUAGAUAGUACUAAUAGUAAUAAUAAGUUAGUAGAUAAUACUACUGGUGAUAAUAAGUCAGUAGAUAAUACUACUAGUAAUAGUACUACUAGUAAUAAUAAGUUAGUAGAUAGUACUACUAGUGAUAUUCCCACCAAUAUUAUUGCUACUAGUACAUUAGAUAGUAUUAAGAUGGGUGGCAGUAAUAAGUUGGAUGAAGGUGGUAUUAAGACCGAAGAAGAUAGUAAUAAGAUAGAUAAGUCGAAUUUAAAGCAAUUGACGUGUGGUGGCGAGGCAGGGGGUUGUGAGUUGUGCCGGAUUCAUUUGCAGCCACGCCCGGGUUGGCAGCAGUUAUUAAAGAGUGAGUUUGAAGCAGAGUACUUCCAGCGAAUUGUCUUCCAAUUACACCAAACACUAUUCUAUCCCGCACCUAAACACUUGCUACGAGCUCUUAGUUUCUUUGAAUGCCCCGAGACUAAAGUAGUCAUUCUCGGCCAGGAUCCUUACCAUGGCCCUGAUCAGGCCGUCGGCUUAUCUUUUUCCGUUCCCACCGGUCGUAAUUUACCGCCUAGUUUACAAAACAUCCGUAAAGAAAUCCUAGCUUCCACCGGCCAGGCUUCCAUUUGUCCCGGCGGCUCACUAGUCAACUGGGCCAAACAAGGCGUUCUCCUACUUAAUACCACCCUUUCAGUCGCUCCUCACCAACCACGCUCCCAUGCACAUUUCGGCUGGCACCAUUUCACCGAUCGCAUUAUCACUCUCCUUAACCAAACACCAGGUCUCGUCUUCUUACUCUGGGGUAAAGACGCCCAAGAGAAACAACUCCUUAUCAACCCCCAAAACCAUCUCAUCCUCACUUCCCCCCAUCCCAGUCCCUUCAGUGCCCGCCGCGGCUUCUUCGGCAACAACCACUUCCAACUCACCAAUGAUUACCUAAUCAAACAGAACAAACAACCCAUCCAUUGGUAG